GCUCCGCCCGCCCCGGAGCGGACUCGCGUCGCGUCCGCACGCCGCAAUCACCGCGGAUCACGCGCCGAGGCUGACCGCGACGCCCAGUGACUGUGCCAGUGCUAAAGUUUACCAGUGCUAGUGUUCCACGUCGAUCUCCCAGUGGCCGUAAAUCCGCCGUCUGAUGCGUCGGCGAGCGAGCGGCUGAGCGCCAUGGAGGACUACGACGCGCGACGCCUGCACUACACGCACCUGCACCCCGAGGAGAUGUCGCUGCACUCGGGCGGGGGCAACACGGAGCUGCUCAAGCCCAAGGAGGAGCCCACCUGCAGCCUCACACCCACCUCGCUCUGCUCGCUCAACCUGGACCCCCCCGGUGGCUACGACAGUAGGAUGUGCAUCCAAGACCCGGAGACGUCGAACUCCCAGCUGCUGAAGGAGGAGGAGGACCUGUCGCGGGUCUACCAGACCCUCACCCUGCCGCCGCUACAGAGGGAGGAAGUCGCCACCACCAAUGGCGUGGAGAGGAAGAGCAAGGCGAGCAUGUCGGCGCACAGCCCGGGGGGCGAGAAGCCGCAGUCCACGACCGGCACGCCGCCCGCCCAGAACAAGCCGCCCUUCUCCUACGUAGCGCUCAUCACGAUGGCUAUCCAGAGCAGCCAGGCCAAGCGCGCCACGCUCUCCGAGAUCUACGCCUUCAUCACCAAGGAGUUCCCUUUCUUCGAGAAGAACAAGAAGGGCUGGCAGAACUCCAUCCGCCACAACCUCAGCCUCAACGAGUGCUUUAUCAAGGUGCCGCGCGAGGGCGGUGGCGAGCGGAAGGGCAACUACUGGAUCCUAAACCCGGAGUGCGGCGACAUGUUCGAGAACGGCAACUUCAGGCGGCGGCGGCGGAUGAAGCGGCCGUUCCGCGCGGCGGCAUACGGCAAGUCGGUGCUGGACGUGUACAUGCCGCCGCCGCACCUGCAGCCGCUGCCGCUCCACCACCGCAACUACUUCCCCGCGCCCUCCUACGCGCCCGCGCCAUAUGCCCGAUACGACGCGUCGUGGCUGACGCAGCCCACCACCAGCCUGGCGUACAGCGGGGGCGCGGUGAGCCGCAGCCCGCCACAUCAGUCGUCCGUCAGCCCCUUCGCGCACCAGCUGCAGCAGGGUCAAAUGCAGGCGAUGCAGCCGAUGUCGAUGAACUACAACGUCAUCGGCGUGCAAGCCCUCGAGGGGUCGUCGAGCCCGGGCGCGGGCGGGGGCGGUGUGGGGGGUGGUGGCGGUGCGGGGUACGCGGGGGGGUACUCCCCGGCCGGCGGGUACUCCCCGGGCCGACACCACGACCUGGUCUCCUCCUCUGACGCCGCCGGCUCCAGGUUCUUCUGGCAGGAAGGUGGAUCGUCGAGUCCGAACUCCGGCUACGUGGUGGGGGGGAGCGGGUACUCCCCCCCGCGCCGGCACGAUCAGGUCUCCUCCUCCGACGCCGCCAGAUAUCCCUUCUGGCCGGAGAUCGGUGUGAAAGAAGAGAAUGCUUCGAACCUGGUCACGAACGGAGCCCCGUAUUCAAAAUGUUUCAUGUAAAAAGUGUCAAUAGGUUUUACUUUCAUAAUAACCACAACGGUGGCAAUCUGUGGAUGUAUUUUUUAGUUUUCCUGUAAAUUAUUAAGUAUGUAAUUCGUUAAUUCUAUUUACUUCGUCUCUUCGACUGGUCUCGAUCUACAUUGUACCUAAAUAUUAUAUUUGGGAGUAUUUCGUCAAUGUAAAAACAAAUUAUUGAUAUGGUGUAGAAAUAUAAUGUUAUUUGUUUGUUUUAUUUAAAUAUAGGUAGGUAUCCUAAAUGUAUAAUUGAAUGUAUAUUAUAUGUACUUGCUAGCGGUUAAAACGUGGCGCUUUAUUGACUAAAAUUUCCACCACGAUUAUGGUUAUUUAUGCGCUGUCUUUACUGAUACGUCGGAAAAGCCACUCGAUAGAAAAUAACAGCUACAUGAAUUAGCAUGAACGUGGUGUACCUAAAAGCUGACUCAAAACAAGAUGAUAAUAUCAAUAAUUAUUCAUCAAUCGUCCUAACGUCGAGCUUAAGCUAGGUACAAAUUCUUUUUUGAAUGUAUAUUGUAUAAUUUGGCACUAGGACUAGGCUUAUGAGAUUUUUUCUAAGUAAUUGUUAUAAUAUGAAUCUAAACGGAAUCUCAAAAAUGUCCCACCGAUAUUUAUGUAGGUGCAUAUAUCGAGUGGAGUUUAGGCAGGGCGAAUACGAGGCUACUUGGAUGUUUGUGAUUUAAUACAAAUGAAUGUUAAAAUAAAUACAAAUAAUUUACUAGUUAUAGUGUGAGCAUUGGACGAACUCAGCCGAGUUUUAACUUAAUUUUCGGACGUCAUUAAGAUCUUAAGACUGUUAACAUAGGUACUUAUCUAUUCGUGACCGAAGUUCACAUGCAUUUUAUAUAAAUUUAUUAUAUUAUAUUGAAAAUAAAGUCCUCGAUGUUAUUCAACGGCGCCUUUCACUUCAGAUAACUGACGAAACAUUAUCCUCUUCAUUCAGAAUAUAUCUAAGCGAUUCGCCAAUCGAUCAGUGUCUUCGGUACCUUUUGUCGAGUGAUGUUUCAAAAGUAUCGACAAAGAAACGUAGUGAGUAGCUAAUCAGCACCCGUAGCAUGGCUACAGUAGAAAUAC